AUGUUCAACAGACCCUGGAGCCCACCGCAUUCUACAGGUCUUCCCUCUUCGCCGCCGUAUGACUCGGACCCUCAGCUCUCUGCCGCCAAUUGGAAAUCCCCAUACUACCCCACCAUGAACCCAGCCGGCGAACUCCCCUUCUUCUUCAUCGACGGUAUAAAGAUCUACGAGCUCCGUUCCCUCGACGCGUACACAUUCCAACGCUGGGCCCGCUCCAUCAAAACCCUUCUCCUCAUGAAAGGCCUCCUGCCCAUCCUCCAGCAAGAUGAAAUCUUCAUCAGCCCCACGACGAGUACCGAGUGGGUGAAGAGGGAUAGGGAGGUGUUUGCGUAUUUGAGGAAUGCUGUGGCUUUUGAGGUGGAGAAGGCGCUGAGUAGUGAUACGGUUGAUUAUUCGGAGCCGAGUAUGGAGCAUGCGCAUUCGAGGGCCAAGAGGUUUUGGGACUUGAUAGAGGAGGAGGUGUAUAAGAGGAACAGAGCGGGCGGUGUGGGAGGGAGACCGUUUUAUUGA